AUGAAAGAGGAGGCGAUUGUUGAAAAGAAGCCUGUUGACCAUUCCGAGGCAUUAGCUCGUCUAGAAGAAAUAGCAAUGAUCAAUGCAAAGUUGAACGAAGAGCUACGUAAGGAGGAACAAUAUUUGGAUGAGCAUUACUAUGUACCCGUUCGAUCCCCGAGAAAGCAAUCAGGAGAUGAGGAUUCAACUAAAACCGAAAAGGAAAGCGUGUUGUCAAUGCGUUCUACGAAGUCAAAUCGCUCUAGUUUAAAGAGUUUAAUGGCUAGCAGUGAUGUGAAGGACUUAACCCAGUACAAGGAGGAUAGUAUCGAGGAUUGGGAAGAUAUUCGAGUGAUCAGUCCCAUUCCCACGGUGAUGAACAUUGAUUUUUCAGACUCGGACGAGGACUGGGGUAAAAGUCCUGUGAAGGUUGUGGCUUCUACGAAGUCUGCGAAGUCUGCGAAGCCGGCAAAGGGCGAAUUAGGAGGGAAGCAGGCAACGAGAAUGGAUGCGAAUGCGAAUGCGAACGCGAAUGCGGAUUCGGAUUCGGAGGACGACUGGGAAACAGCCGAAGAGAAAACUCUCCCACCGCCUCGGUCGAGUGGAUCGCAGCGUGUCACAAGCCGAAAUGAAAGACGAAGAAGGGAAAACUCACAGUCAAAAUUGAGCAAAGCAGAAGGAGAGACGACUGUGGAGAAAGCGAAGACUUCAGCGACUGGAUCGACUGCCAAAUCGAUGAAGGGAAUGGAUGACGAGAGCGAUGAAGAAUGGGAAGAAUCGAAACCUGUGACCAUUAUAUCCAAAACAACUGAUAAUUGGGACGAUGAUAGUGAUGAUGAAUGGGAAGAAUCGAAGCCUGCUGAAUCGAAGAGCGUAGAAUUAGAAUCGAGGAACAACGUCGAGAAGAAGGGCAGCGAAGGCAUCGAUAAAACAGCCGAGUGGGGAGAAAAGCAAGAAAGAGGAUUCGAGUGA